AUGUCCGACGACCGCCGGAGCUCCACCUCCUCCCCCCGCCCGCUCCUCCGCCCCUCCGCCUCCUCCGACGCCGCCGCCGCCGCGCCAUCCUCGUCGUCGUCUUCCUCCUCGCGCCUCCUCUCGGCCCCCUCCUUCGCCUACAACGCCCGCGUCGCCCUCGCCCUCGGCCCCGCCGCCGCGUUCCUCCUCGACCUCGGCGGCGCCCCCGUCUUCGUCCUCGUCGCCGUGUGGUCCACCCUCGUCUUCUCCCAGCUCGCCUUCUUCUUCUCCGCCGGCGCCGCCUCCUUCCCCCUCCCCCUCGCCGCCCUCGCCCUCCUCCUCUGCGCCGAGACCACCUUCCUCAUCGGCGUCUGGGCCUCUCUCCAGUUCCGCUACAUCCACAUCGAGAACCCCUCCAUCGCCGCCGCCCUCGAGCGCCUCCUCUUCGCCUGCGUGCCCGUCGCCGCCCCGCCGCUCUUCACCUGGGCCGUCGUCUCCGCCCUCGGCAUCGCCUGCGUCUUCUACUGGCUCUUCUCCAUCCCCCGCCCGUCCUCCUUCAACCCCCGUGCCAAGCCCGACGCCCCGAGGUCCGGAUCCGAUUCCGGCAUCCUCGGCCCCCUCGAGUGCUGCCUCCACACCCUCUACCUCCUCUUCGUCCCCGUCCUCUUCCACGUCGCCUCCCACCACUCCUCCCUUUUCGCCUCCGCCGCCUCCGCCUGCGACCUCUUCCUCCUCUUCUUCGGUCCCUUCCUGUUCCAGCUCUACGCCUCGACGCGGGGGGCUCUGUGGUGGGUCACGAGGGACGCGCAGCAGAUGCACAGGAUACGGGUUGUCAACGGGGCCGUCGCAAUGGUGGUCGUCGUCGUCUGCCUUGAGAUUCGUGUCGUCUUCCACUCUUUCGGGAGGUACCUGCACGCGCCACCCCCUCUGAACUAUCUCCUCGUGACGGUGACGAUGCUCGGGGGAGCGUCCGCCUUGGGAGCCUACGCGGUCGGAAUGGUUGGGGACGCCUUUAGUUCCGCGGCCUUCACCGCACUGUCCAUUCUUGUCAGUGCCGCUGGGGCCAUAGUCAUCGGGUUCCCCAUAUUGUUCAUCCCGCUUCCCUUAAUUUCUGGCUUCUAUCUAGCGAGGUUCUUUACUAAGAAGAGCUUGUCGUCGUACUUCACCUUUGUUGCACUGGCGAGCUUGAUGGUCCUAUGGUUUGUUGUGCAUAAUUACUGGGAUCUCAAUAUUUGGAUAGCAGGCAUGCCUUUAAAGUCCUUCUGCAAGUAUGUGGUUGCGAGUGUGGUCAUGGCCAUGGCUGUUCCCGGUUUGGCUCUACUUCCAUCAAAGCUGCGCUUUUUAACCGAACUUGGUCUUAUUGGUCACACAUUAUUGUUGUGCUAUAUAGAGGACCGUCUCUUCAACUAUGCUACCAUGUACUAUUUUGGAUUUGAUGAGGAUGUGAUGUAUCCCAGUUACAUGGUUUUUGGUACCACUUUCUUGGGUCUGGCUCUUGUGAGGAGGUUGGCUGUAGACCAUAGGAUUGGACCGAAAGCUGUUUGGAUCUUGACUUGUCUUUAUUCCGCUAAACUGUCAAUGCUGUUUAUCACAUCAAAGUCUGUUCUGUGGGUCUCAGCUGUUUUGCUGUUAGCUGUUUCUCCUCCGUUGCUUCUCUACAAGGACAGAUCGAAAGGCGUGUCAAGGAUGAAGGUGUGGCAAGCCUAUGCUCAUGCAUGUGUUGUAGCCUUUUCUGCCUGGUUAUGCAGGGAAACAAUCUUUGAAGCUCUGCAAUGGUGGAACGGAAAGCCUCCAUCAGAUGGUCUUCUUUUGGGUUCUUGUAUUCUUUUGACAGGAAUUGCCUCUAUACCAAUUGUUGCUCUUCACUUUUCUCAUGUCCAGUCUGCAAAGAGAUUCCUCCUCCUUGUUGUGGCUGUCGGCCUACUAUUUAUAUUAAUGCAGCCUCCUAUCCCACUAUCAUGGGCGUUCCAAUCUGACUUAAUCAAAGCCGCACAUCAAUCCAAUGAUGAUACGUCAAUAUACGGCUUUGUGACCUCUAGGCCUACAUGGCCCUCAUGGCUACUCAUAGCAACCGUUCUACUCACAUUAUCCGCUGUCACUAACAUCAUCCCUGUUAAAUACAUUGUCGAAUUGAGGGCUUUCUAUGCUGUGGCUGUUGGAAGCACAUUGGGCAUCUAUAUCUGCGUAGAGUACUUCACCCAGGCCAUAAUUCUCUACCCUCUUCUCGUGGCGACCAUUGUUUGUGCUUCAGUUUUUGUUGUAUUUACACAUUUGCCCUCUGCAUCAAGCACUAGGGUUUUGCCAUGGGUGUUCUCUCUGUCGGUCGCACUCUUCCCCGUUACCUACUUACUUGAAGGACAACUAAGAGCAAAGAGCUUUUCGGAAGGUGAAGAAGUAGAUAAAUUCACUACCAUGUUGGCUAUUGAAGGGGCUAGAAUGUCACUUUUAGGGCUCUAUGCUGCGAUAUUCAUGCUGAUCGCGUUAGAGAUCAAGUUCGAGCUGGCCUCGCUGCUGCACGAGAAAGCCCAUGAAAGAAUUGCAUCAACGCAAGCCCAUUCCGCCCGUGCUUCUGGCUUCCCACCGAAGCUGCGGCUUAUCCAGCAAAGAAGGGCUUCUGCUCCCCCAUCCUUCACAAUCAAAAAGUUAGCGGCAGAGGCAGCAUGGAUGCCGGCCGUGGGCAAUGUAUCGACCCUCCUGUGCUUCUUUAUCUGUCUUAUACUUAACGUGAGCCUGACUGGUGGGUCCAACCGGGCUAUAUUUUUCCUAGCACCCAUACUUCUGCUUUUAAACCAGGAUUCAGAUAUUUUUGCUGGAUUUGGGGAUAGACAACGGUAUUUCCCCGUUACGCUCGCCAUUUCUGGGUAUUUGGUUUUGACUGCAUUGUAUAGGAUAUGGGAGGAGGUGUGGCGCAGAGAUGUUGGGUGGGGGAUUGAGAUUGGUGGUCCCGGAUGGUUCUAUGCAGUGAAAAACGCCGCCCUUCUCAUCCUCACACUUCCGAACCACAUUCUGUUCAAUCGGUUUAUGUGGGAUUAUGUGAAACAGACUGAUUCGAUGCUGCUGCUGACGGUGCCGCUCAACUUGCCGUCGGUCUUAAUAACGGAUGUACUUACCAUUAGGGUUUUGGGGUUGUUGGGGGUUAUUUAUUCACUUGCCCAGUACUUAAUAUCGAGGCGGAUAAGAGUUGCAGGAAUGAAGUACAUAUAAAUUUUAGCUCA